AUGAUGCUUAAAAAAUAUGUGAAAACACGACGCAAAUUUAAAAUAUUGCUGCUGGUGACAAUUGUGGCCUUGAUUGUGAUCACCUGCAUCAUUUUAUUGGGCUCCUCGGGACCAAAUGGUAUAGCGGUUGAGAGAUUGUUGGAUGAACGCUUUAUAGCACGUGCCUAUCAGCCGCAGUCGGAGCAGCAGACGCGGGAUGGGGCAGUGGCAUUGUUGCAGUCACCACGUGACCAUGGUGUCAUUGUGCCGGAGAAGUAUGACGAGCAGAAGAUUAAGACGAGGAUUAUGCAGAGUCGUCUGCAGCAGAUAAAGCAACAGCAGCAGCAGCAGCGGGACAAUGAGGCGGAACAGGAGCGGACCACUAUAGAUGCGAUUGCCACAGCAGUGCACAUCUUCUACACGGCUCCAGUGCCGUGGUACAAGUCAAGGAAACCACCAUUGCCACCGCCAGAGCAUCCCAAUGAGGUGGCAUCUCUACCACUGACAACGCCAAAACCAGUGAAGAUUCUGAACACCGCCUUCUAUCCGGCUCUGGGAUUGUACAAACCCAGUGCCAAGCUGUUGGGUCAACACUUUGAGAAUAUACGCAGCUGUGGCAUUGGAGUGCUCAUCCUUAGCUUCACCCGACCCUCAGAUCCUGCGCUACUGCAUCAAAUCCUGGAGCUUGCACCGCAACACAAUCUCAGCGUGACCUUCGAGCUCAGUGUGGCGGGGAAUCGCACUGUGGAGUAUGUGCGUCAACAGCUGCAGGAGAUUUCCAGCUAUGUUGAGCUGCCCGGCUUCUACCGGGUGUGGAGUCAAUCCCGUGCGGCCUUGCUCCCAGUACUCUAUGUCAGCAAUGCCUAUAAGUUAAGCGAGAGCUUGGGACGUCAACUGUGCCGACCAACGGUCUUUACUUUGUCAGCUAAACCGACUGGCAAUGAGCAGCCAGGUGGACUACGACGUGUCCUAGAUGCCUUCUUCAUUGGACACAUCAGACUCAAAAGCCAUGCGGAUGUGUUGCGUCGGUUGUGCUUCGAUGGCUUCUACAGCAAAUUACCAAGCAAUGGAGCUGUUUUUGCCAGCACCUGGAAGAAUUGGUCAUAUCUCAAGUCCUAUGCACUGUCCUACAAAAUGCUGUUUGUGCCCACGGUAGGACCGGGCUUUGCCGAGCGUAAUAAAUUUCCAAGACACGGAGAUAUUCAGCGACAUCGCAGCAAUGGACGCUACUAUGGCGUGGCCUGGCGCACAGCAAUACUUAAUCACGUGGGCUUCAUUAGCAUUGCCAGCUAUAAUAAUUGGCCCGAUGGGAGCCAAAUUGAGGAGGUCGUACCACGAGCCGGCUUUCUUGAUUAUAAUCCUGGUUCGAAAACAAAAUAUCUGGAUUUAACCGCACAUUGGGUGGGUAACUUUCUAAAGACGCGACAGGAGGCGUCUGCAGCGGGAACGGGAGCUGGAUCUAUUCAGAAUUGUUAUGAGAUGCUUAACAAUACAAUUUGUUGAGUGAUAACGUUUAUGCGUUGGAGGAAUUCGUGAUAAUGAUCACUGUGGAAUUCAUAUCGUAGAAUCAAACUGUUGCCUUACCCAUGAGCAGAAACUUCCAUCGGAUAAUAGACGUUAAUGAUGAUGUUGUGGGAAAAGUGUGCGUUUACUUUAGAAACAAUUAAUUGCAGGCCACGAAAUUACUUUCUAAUUGUUAAUAAGUCUUCUACUAAACACAUACAUAUACACUCGUAUCUGCCUGUAUAGCAACCAAUACAAUUAUUUAUGUAUCUGCCAAUCUAAAAAUUAAAAAAAAAAACUAUGUAAAGUGCAAGCAAUAAAUACUCAUAGGUAGUGCUAACACUAGUAUACAAGAAAACGAUGAUGACUUUCCAUAAAAAUUUAAAUUUUUCGAAAAAUUUAGCUUUUCGAUUAGUGUUAUUAAUACUUAGUAACAAUAACACCAAAAAUAUCAUACCAUGCCAUAUUAUGUAUACAUAUUACAUAGUACAUAUUCGAGUUUAUAGAAAAUGUAGCAACAACUAAUUAUUUGUUAAACCUGAAUAUUACUCACUUGUUAAACAAAAGGUACUUAACAAAUUUUAUCUUUAUUACAAGUACAACAUAUAUAAUUGUACAUAAUUACUUUAUCUAAGCCUUAAUAGAUUGAAUAGUGCAAACAAAUACAUUUAUUAUGAUA